CCCACGACUUUAUAUAUAACUCCUCAACAAUUAUUGAAAGUUACAAGUUUAUUACUGUGUGGAUAUAAUAUACUUCUAUUAUAGAUUAGUAUUUUGCAUAACGAAAAAAGCGUAUCUGAUAAAAAAACAUUUUUUGAAAUUGUGCAUAAAAUUUGAUCAAAUGUUUGCAUGACAUGAAUUUAUCCGACGGAACAUGAAUUUAAUUUGUAUACGAGGUUAUGUUUGAUUUUUUUUCCGUAAAAUUGCUUGGCAAGGUAUAUUAAACAUAGUGAAAAUAUAGAGUUAAUUCAAUAGAACACGUUUACAAUAAUGCGGAACAAUAUUUGGUAUUUUGUAUACGAAACUCACUGACAAGAUACAAAUAAAAAAUAAUUACGAAAGAAGAAAUCAAGGAUAAAUUACUAUUUUUCGCGACCAGCCGAAUUGGUGUUAAUGGCUGCAUCGAAGGAGAACGAAAUUGAAUCGGGUUGCAUUCAAGAGGAGGCCGUUUCUCUUGGAAAUAUCAUCAAAGAAACUGGCGACUUCGGGACUUUCCAAAUAAUUGGAACGUUUAUUAGCUCGUUAAAUCUCCUCGUUCUUUCAUGGAGCAUGAUGACCAUGGCUUACAGCGCGAGUGUUCCGAACUUCACCUGCGUGGUAUUCCAAAAUGGAACCAAUCUGACGUCAUCCGAUACGUGUGAUGUCAACGGGACAGUGUGUGACAUUAUAGAAUACGACCCCAACUUGCGCACGAUCGUUAGUGAGUGGGGUCUCGUCUGUGACCGGCAGUGGGUCUCGCAGACGAUCACCACCAUCCAGAUGUCGGGCAUGCUGGUGGGCGGGAUCUUCUGGGGUCACGUAUCAGACGGGAUUGGCAGGAAGCCAACUUUCUUCCUGAACGUGCUUGUACUGGGAGUGGCCAAUCUUAUCUCGUACUUCUCGGUGAACUGGCAGAUGUUCGCUAGCAUGAGGUUCAUAAUUGGUCUUGGCUCUACGGGAUUUAUGGCAGCACCGCUAAUGUUUGAGUACAUUCGGAAUAGAUGGCGCGUCUUCCUUCUCCUCAUUCCAAGCUUUUCAUUGUGGGCAAGUGUCAUGGCGGCAUUCUGCUUCUGGUCACGUGACUGGAAAUUGCUCAAUAUUUCUAUCGCGGUGGCCGCGGGGGUUGCGAUGUUUGGCUGGUUCUAUUUUGUUGAAAGCUUCCGGUGGCUCGUUUCAAACGGAAAAAUACAUUUAGCGCAAGAAGCAAUCAGAAAGGUUUCACGUGUGAAUCGCAGACCGGAACCUAAUCUUACAAAGCUUACGGUUGUCAUCGAAAGAGAGCAGAAGGAAGCCGAAAUGACGAAAUCACUAAGGGUUUAUUCAGUAUUAGAUUUGUUUCGAACGCGCCAAAUACGGAAGACAACACUUUUGUUCGCUUUAAUAUGGCUGUUCUCUUCAUACAGCUACUAUGGUAUCGCUUUCGGGGUGCAAGAGCUGGCUGGUGAAUUCUUCCUUAAUCUCUUUCUCGUCAACAUCAUCGACAUACCCGGCAACUAUGUCGCGGUCCUCUUCAACACAUGGGAAGGUCGGAAGUUGACGUGCACAGGCUUAUAUGCAUUGGGAGGCGUGUUUGGGUUGCUCGUUGGAAUAUUCAAAUUUAUUAACCUGUCCAUUUCCGGUACAGCACUUAAUGCGCUCGCACUAAGCGCCAAGCUGUGUGUGAGCGCUGCGUGGGAUGUCAACGAGUUGUGGUCUCAGGAGUCCUUUCCCACGGUCGUCAGAUUUAUUGGCGGAGGGUUCAUCAGCUCCGUAUCCAGGGUGGGAUCGAUGGUGGCCCCACAGAUUAUAACGCUGAGUCGUGAUAUCAAAGGACUGCUGUAUCUGGUUUGCGGCAUCGUCUGUCUAUUAUCAACUGGCCUGUGUGUAUUGCUGGACGAAACAAAGAACCGCGACCUUCCCGACCAGAUUCAGCGCCAUGACACACGCUCUAAUAAGCGCGGAAAAUGAAGCACACGAAGAAAUACUGACAUUUUUGAAACGCGCCAAUUUUUAUAGCUUGGAAAAUCCUGAAAUUUGCCCCCAUAUUCACAUGAACGUGAGAUUUAAAAAAGUGUUUGCCUUUUAUACUAAGAAAAUCACAUAUAU